UUUUCGAUCACUGUCUGCCAAAGUGCCAAACGUCACUUCGGGGCUUAUUACUAUUAGUGAAUACAAAAUUUUUAGCUUUAUUUCAUUAACUUCUAACAAAAAUUAUUAAUUAAAUAAAAAUCAGUUAAAAUGUCAGAAAAUAAGGCUAAACCCACUUUCUCUGAAGAUGAAUUUGGUAAAAAAUUAGAUCGCUGUGUGACGGACACGCUGAUCAAAGCAGCUGGAGGAUUGGCCCUUGGCACGGUGUUUUCUUUACUCUUUUUCAAGAGGCGAUCCUGGCCUGCGAUUAUGGGUACCGGAUUUGGAAUAGGGGUGGCCUACAGGACAUGUGAACGUGACUUAAAUUCAGACAUCUAAUUGUUAUUCAUGGUCAAAAACAAAAACCACAGAGUUCAUUUAUUAUUUCUAUAGAUUUUAUUUUUGAAAGCCGAAAUUAAAUAAGCGAAAAUGGUUUUGAAAACCGCAAGUACAUAAUUUUUGUUUGAUUUCCAUUCGGAAGAAAACGAGAAAUUUGUAGAUAAUAUUUGGCAUUUUAAAUCAAACAUAUUUCUUCAGUUAUCGUGUGGUUUUUCAAAAUUUGUGUAUGCAAUUUGUGAAGAGAAAACGAGAAAAUAUAAACCAAAUUUUAAUGUUAAAAUAA